AUGACGAUACAGCCCUCGCAGCAGCACUCGGACAACGACCGGAGCAGCGGCGAGCUCCGCGCCCUGGACUGCAACCUCACCUCCCUUUGCGACCACAUCCAGACCGACGGUUUCAACUCCGGCGCCUUCUCCGACGUCCUCGUCCUGGCCUUGGGCUCCACCUACCACCUCCACCGCCUCAUCCUCUCCCGCAGCCCCUACUUCAGGAAGAUGCUUCAUGGACCUUGGAAAGAAGCCAAUGCUCCGGUUGUGACAUUGCACGUGGAUGACAAGAAUAUCAAUGCGGAGGCGAUCACGACGGCUCUGGCUUACUUGUAUGGCCACCACCCCAAGCUGAGCGACACCAAUGCGUUUCGAGUACUAGCUGCUGCUUCUUUUCUUGAUCUUCAGGAUUUGUGUGCAAUAUGCACUGACUUUAUUAUAUCGGAACUGUGGACUUCGAACUUCUUAGCAUAUCAGGUGUUUGCGGAGGGGCAAGAUUAUGGCAUACAUGGAGAACGAGUAAGAAAUGCUUGCUGGGGGUACCUUUGUCAAAGCGGGGCCAUGGAGUUGAAAGAGGUGCUUCCAAGACUUUCUUCUCAAACAUUGCUUGCAUUGCUCACCUCUGACGAGCUCUGGGUACCCAGUGAAGAGAAACGGUUUGAACUGGCUCUAUGCACAUUUCUUUCAAAGGGUGCUCAAUGCAAACAGGAAGACUAUGAUCAUGGAAGUUCCGGUUCAGAGACAGGGACGGAUGCUCAUUCUGAUUCCUCUAAAGCAAAGGGAAAGAAUCUGACUGAUAGCUUCACUAGUAAAAGGUUGGAGUCUGAAUUGGGGCGCUUAACUCUAAAAGAUAAUUUAGAGGGACAUAAUACAGCUCGUAAACUUCUGAUAGAGCUUGCAGACUGUGUAGUUGACUUCCAAACAGGAAGUUCAAAUGCCAAACAGCAAGUGCAACAAGUUUGUUACCCUCAGUCAAAUUUCGAGCCAGGAUACAACUGCAGCAUGGGAGGUCCUUCAUCAUUUAAUACAUUUUCCGACAUGGAUGCAAUGAGAACAUCAUGUUAUGCGGAAGUGCCUAUUGGUAUUGGAGUAAGUAGAUUGGGGGAAAAUGGAGGAGCUAUGGAGGGGCCAUCUGAUGAAGGGUCAUGCUACCAUUUGAAUAACAAUAAUUGGCUUGGCAGGGACCAGUCAAGGCAAUGCUCGUCAAUGAACUCUUCAAGUAGUGAGCUAAUGCCAAAUGAUUGGGGAAGAUGUGGCAUGCCUCCUCUUUCAUGGGGUGGCAGGGUUGUAGGCAGAAGACAGCUUAAAGGUUACGGUAAACGUGACUUUGGGGUUGGUGGGGAGGAGUAUGAUGCAUUUGUAAAUAUAUUUGAAGGAGGUUCUCUUCUAUACUGCAACAUGUCUUUUGAGGCACUAUUGAAUGUAAGAAAGCAACUUGAGGAAAUGGGUUUCCCUUGCAAAGCUGUGAAUGAUAGUCUUUGGCUGCAGAUGCUAUUGAGCCAGAGAGUUCAAGAAAUUGGCGCUGAUACACGCAAAAGUUGCUGUCUUACAAGCGUAGCAUGCAGUUGCAGACAGCAAUUUUCUUUCCCACAUGGAGGUACCACCGGGUACUAUAUGCAAGAGCAUAAUCAGAGUAACUCUUCCGGUGUAUAUGUCGCCGAGUCUGCUUCAGGUGAAGGAAAUGGCCUCUUCAGGCCUGUACGUGUGCAUGUCAGGGGUCCUAUUGAUGGCCUUGCAGGUAUUGGACGUGGAACCACAUUUGUCCCAACAGCCACUUGGCCUCCAACUCGAUUCGUCUUUUCUCGUGUGCCAUUUGGCAUAGGCAACAGAAACGGCCAGCAGUCUCUUGCCAAUGAUGACUCAGAGGCUAGAGCUGAUCACAAUGCAGAGCUGUCAGGAGAUGGAUUGACAGCUUUGGUUGGGCUAAGCCAAGGAGGUAACAGUGCAGGUAAUGCUCAUGUAGAGCAAACAGAGACAGGCUAUGAGAUGGAUAUGCAAAGCCGAAUGCCUGGAACCUCCAUGUCAGUGCCAAGUUCUAGUGGUCCACCUGUGCAGAUGGUAGAGCCAUCAGACCAAGCACUUGGAAUUGAGUGGGAUAAUGCAAACAGUUCCUCCAUUUCAUUGGAUAUGAAAACACCCUUAAGUCACUUCCCUCCGUUCCGCUUUGGGGUGCAAUUUGAGGAUGUACACAGACUCAGUGAUGGCCAAGUCAAGCACUCAUCAGAAGUCUUUUAUGCUGGUUCUCUAUGGAAGAUUAGUGUUCAGGCUUUUAAUGACGAGGACCCUCAAGGACGCCGAACACUUGGAUUAUUUAUCCACCGACGUAAAGCUGAGAUUACUGAUCCGUAUAGAAAGGUGCAGAUGUAUGUCGAUUCUCGUGAAAAGGUUACUGCCCGCUACCAGCUAAUAUGUCCAUCAAAGAGGGAAGUCAUGGUGUUUGGAAGCUUCAAGCAAACAGGCACACUUUUACCAAAGGCUCCAAAGGGCUGGGGCUGGCGAACAGCUCUGUUAUUUGAUGAGCUCGCCGAUCUUCUCCAAAAUGGGGCCUUAAGAGUGGCUGCAGUGGUGCAGCUUUUAUGAAAUUAAACUAGUCCUAGCUAAAUAACUCGGCUUCACUACACUGGCAGAUGGAUGGCCCUUUAUGGCCUUGAAUAGUUUUGGUUUGCUAUUAUGCUCUAUAUGCACAGUUAUCACCAAAUAGGCUUUUCAUGUAGUAGAUGUAGUUCUGUAAAUUAACAUCAUAUAGACGGAAGGACCAUUACCUCUGUAUUAGUUUCAUAAUGUUCGAGUAAACAAGUUAUGUAUGUAUUUGCUUUGGUGUGUCAUGAACUCUAGUGAUGGUCUUAAGAAGAUUCAAGUGGAAGGAGAUUUUAAAGUC